GACGGACGUUCACCAGUCGACGGCAAGCUGGCAUCCGUCGCUGCGUAGCUGAACGAGAGACACCUCAAAGCUUUGCGGGACGCCAUGGUCGAGGGGCCGACGUUCGUAGAUUCUCUUGUGGCCGGUGGGCUCGCAGGCACAGCCGUCGACCUCCUCUUCUUUCCCAUUGACACCAUCAAAACGCGUCUGCAGUCGCCACAAGGAUUUGUGCCUGCAGGCGGCUUCAAUGGGGUCUAUAGAGGUGUCGGGAGUGUCGUGGUCGGCAGCGCACCGGGAGCCGCUGUUUUCUUCUGCACUUACGACACACUGAAACGCACGCUGCCCUUGGCGGAGAACAUGGCCCCGGUGACGCACAUGCUGGCCGCGUCCACCGGCGAAGUUGCUGCUUGUUUAAUCAGAGUACCUACGGAAGUCAUCAAGACGCGCAUGCAAACUUCGACGUACGGCAGCCUUGCCGGCUCGUCAUUCGCCGCCGCUCGACGAGUGCUCUCGCAGGAGGGCCUCCGUGGCUUUUAUAGAGGGUUUGGGACAACCGUCAUGAGGGAGAUACCCUUCACGUCACUACAGUUCCCUCUGUACGAGCUGCUGAAACUCCGGUUGUCUCAAGCGCUGGGACGAAGACCAUUACAUGCAUACGAGGCUGCCGCCUGUGGGAGUGUAUCAGGGGGCGUCGCUGCUGCACUGACUACACCGCUGGACGUGUUGAAAACUCGGGUCAUGUUGGAUAUGAGGGACACAUCCAAGCACAGCAUGCCCUCUUUGCCUGCCCGUCUGAAACAAAUCUAUGUCUCAGAAGGACCGCGAGCACUAUUCAGUGGUGUCGUUCCAAGGACACUGUGGAUAUCAGCCGGAGGCGCUGUCUUCCUUGGCGUCUACGAAUGGGCGAUCGGCACACUCACGAGCCUGUGAGUCUGACAGCGAGACAAAAUGCAUAAUCAUCGCAACUACCGCUACAUUACUAUCACCU